AUGGCAGACACAAAACCUCAGGUCUCGGAGAAGAUCGAAUUCUCCGCCCCCACAAAGAUUCCAUACUGGCGCUUGGUCUUUGAUCAGGGUGUCGUCACACAACAAAUCCUAGACCACCCAUACCCCGGUUCAGGAACGGAUGAUGAUCCGUUCGCUGUAACAUGGAUCCCCGAUGACCCCCGCAACCCGAUGAAUUUCAGUGAGGUGAAGAAGUGGACCUUCACCAUGGUUGUGGCGAUUGCGACUUUGGCGGUUUCUCUGGUUUCAUCGGCCUACACUGGUGGUAUUCAGGAAAUCAUGGCGGAUUUCAAUAUCGGACAGGAACUGGCUACGCUGGGUGUUUCGCUCUUCGUUUUGGGUUUCGCUAUUGGUCCUUUGCUUUGGGCUCCAUUGAGUGAGCUCUUUGGCCGUCAAAUUCUGUUCAUCACCACCUACGCCGCUCUCACAGCUUUCAACGCCGGUGUCGCGGGCUCCAAGAACGCAUGGACCCUGAUCAUUCUUCGAUUCUUCGCUGGUUCUUUCGGAUCCUCGCCAUUGACCAACGCCGGUGGAGUUAUCGCCGAUAUGUUCCCCGCUAAACAGCGCGGUGUCGCUAUGAGCUUGUUCGCCGCUGCACCCUUCCUCGGUCCUGUUAUCGGUCCUAUCGCCGGUGGCUUUAUUGGUAUGAGCGAUGGUGGCUGGCAGUGGGUUAUGGGUUUCCUGGCGGCGUUUUCUGGCGCAGUCUGGAUUAUUGGCUCGCUGGUUAUCCCCGAAACCUACGCGCCUGUGCUUCUCCGUCGCCGCGCAGAGAAGCUCUCCAAGCUGACGGGUAAGAUUUACCGCAGCAAAAUCGAGAUUGACCAGGGCAAGGUAUCCCUCAAGAACUCAUUCAAGAUUUCGCUCUCCCGUCCUUGGGUUCUCUUGUUCCGUGAGCCUAUUGUGUUUUUGUUGUCUCUUUACAUGGCUAUCGUCUACGGUACCUUGUACAUGAUGUUUGCCGCCUUCCCUAUCGUCUACCAAGAGCACCGUGGCUGGAGUCAGGGUAUCAGUGGCCUGGCCUUCCUCGGAAUUAUGGUUGGCAUGCUUAUGGCUGUCGCAUACUCCCUCUGGGAUAACAAACGCUACGUCAAGACCUCUGAAGAGCACAACGGUUUCGCUCCGCCAGAAGCUCGUCUCCCACCGUGUCUCAUCGCAUCCGUUGCUAUCCCCAUUGGCCUUUUCUGGUUCGCCUGGACCAACUACACCUCCAUCCACUUCAUGGUCAGCAUCGCAGCCGGUGUUCCCUUCGGUUUCGGAAUGGUCCUUGUUUUCCUGAGUAUCAUGAACUACCUCAUCGACGCCUACACCAUCUUCGCCGCCUCCGUUUUGGCCGCCAACUCCGUUAUCCGAUCCCUCUUCGGUGCCGCCUUCCCUCUAUUCACCACAUACAUGUACCAAAAUCUCGGUAUCCACUGGGCAUCCAGCAUUCCCGCCUUCCUAGCUCUCGCCUGCGUGCCAUUCCCCUUCCUAUUCUACAAAUACGGUCCUGCCAUCCGCACACGCUGCAAGUUUGCCGCCCAGUCCGAUGCCUUCAUGCGCAAAAUCCAGGAACAAGCCACAACGGAACCCGUCGAAGACGAAAAAGUCAGCUACGAUCGCACCGAGGCCCCAGGCGCCGAAGGCUCACUUUCCAGUGAUUCCGAUGAUGAGGCCAACGCCGCUGCCGUUCCUUCGCAGCGGAUCCGCAGCCGCGCCCAGUCUGUUGCGUCGACUCGCACAGCUGGCUCGAUGCAUCGCACUGUCACCUACGAGGGAAACCCCUAUGAUAUUGACCGUGUCAAUACUCGUGAAUCUUUUAAGCAAUAA